AUGAAUAAAAAGAAUGAACUCAAUGUUAUUUGGUUGGACAAGAAUUGGAUAAAAGAAAAUAAUGUUCGUGGAUUUAUUUCUGAUUGUUUUCGAGAAGAAUUCUUUGAAUCUUUGGUUUCUGGAAAAAGAAUUCAAUUAAAAGAUAUCAAAAGGCAUUCAUUAGCAGCCUGUUUUCCAAGAUUUUUACGGACUUCUUAUGAUCAAUUAAAUUCGUUAGCUUCUGCAAAAACGGUUCCCUUAUGUGAGGCAAUGAGUUUAUUAUAUGAAAAAGGAGUGCCGAUUCAAAAAGCUAUUUGGUUUUUGAAAAUGAAUCAAGUUGCUCAUCCAAUUUUGGUAACUGCUAGCAAACAGAAGAAAGGUGGAAAUACAUUACCUAGUGAUGAUUAUUCUAGUGAUCAACGUCAAUUUUUUAUUCGUUAUUUGCGUUGCCUACUUCGUGAAUUUGACAAAGCAAUACCUGGCCAACUUGAACAGAAUCCUUAUUAUCAACGUUGGCCUUAUUAUGCAGCUUUAAUUAAACAUUCAUUUGAGGAUGGAAUGCUAGAUCGUCAUGAAUUUGUAUUAGAUAUGUGUGAAUUGCUUGCAGAAUUUUCUAAUUUUUCUUUAGAUCAACCUCAGACAUUUCGCAUUUUAAUUAUAUUAAUGACCCAAUUUACUGAUAUUGUUGUACAAAAUGUAUUUAUAGCCCGUCGAGUGGCAAGUAUUCUUUGCUCACGAUUAAUGCAGUACAGAAAAGAUUAUGAAAAAAUGAGAAGUCAAAAUCUAUCGCCCAUUGCCCCUGAAACUUGCUUUGAUGAUUUAUCCAAUUGUCAACAUCACAGGCCUACUUUACUUGUAAUUUUUGGCUUUCUUCAUGCUAUUAUUCUCGACUGUCCUUCUGCUUUAAUUUGGACACCAUUCGAGCCUCAAGAAUUAUUGGAAGGAAGUCUUAAAAGUUCUAAACUUUCUCGUGCAGUUGAAAAAGAAAAUGCUUUGCAAAGUGUUGUUUGGGUAAUUAUUUUUUUAUUUUUAGUUCAAAUUUUAAUAUUUUUUCAGCUUUGUGGUUCUCCACUCGAUUAUCUCCCUUGUAAAAUUGAAGUCACUUGUCAACACUUUUCUGGAUCAUUCAAAGAUAAAAUAUUGGAUUUGCUGAAUAAAAAAGUAGAUGAAAUUAAAAUGAGGAGUUUAGCUGUGGAAGACCGUUGGGCUUUUAUUAGCCCUUCAAAUUCACAAUUUGGAAUAGAUGUCAUAAUCGAGGAAUGUUUAAAUAUUAUAUCAUUUUUGGAUACGAUUUCGUUGGAUAAACCUAAUGCUCUUCAUAUACUUUAUGAUAAUAUUUUUCCUAAAGAUGAGGAUUUAAAUGAGUCCGUUGGAGUCAAUAUUCGUGUAAGAAUUCUUGUUCUGUGGGCUGUUACUGCUGAAAGAUCAGGAACUUAUCGUUCCUUACUUGUCACAAAAUUACUUUUGCUUAUUUCCAAAUCUGAAAAUAAAGUUGGUUCACUCAAAUCAAUUCAUUCAUUAUUGGUUGAUUGUUUAAAUCGAGAUUGGGCAUGUAAUGAACGAAAUAAAAACAAAACUGAAGAAGGAAAUGAUGGGCGUUGGAAUGUGGAAUUUGGAAAUUUAAUGUUGUUAUUUUACGAAUUACAACGUGUUGGGAUUUUCGAUCACGAUAGAUAUGUUCGUGCUUUAAUGAGAAAUGGGACAUUGGGCCAAUCGCCGUUAUACCAACGUCUGAAGGCGAACGAAACUUCCGAAAAUCAACCUGAACGUGUUGAACAACAAAAUUCUUCAAAACGGCAAUCUGUCGAUUUGGUUCCUGUUAAGCAGGAACCACAAAUGAUUAUUUCAUUUAUUCCAACAACUCCAUCUGUGUCAACAACUGUCAAUACUAAUCCAUUUAGUGGUUCUACCCCUCAACAGAAUCAACAAAAAUCUGAUGAAUUUGCGAAACUUCAACAAGAAUACGAACCUGAUGUUCAUCCUCAUUUGGAUAUAAAAUCAAAAUUAAGUUUUCAUGAACGUUUCCUUCUUCAUUUACCUGUCGAACAAUUAGAAUCAAAUAGAGAUGCUUGUAAUCAGAGAGCAAUUGUUUUAUAUGGAAUUUCUGAUCAAAGGGAUCAAGUUAGACAAGAUUUACGGAAAAUUGCUAGAGAAAUAUGUAAAUUAUGGAAGCGUUUAAGCGUUGAAUUUGUCCAAACCUCUCCAGAUUCCCCAACUAGAGAACUUCGUUAUAAAAGGAAAUGUACCAACGAACAAAUUUCUGAACAAAUGGAUAAAUUUAAAUCCCAAACAUAUUUUGAUCAAUUAAUAAUUUGUGGGUGGUGUACAGAAAAUUUUGUUGAUUCUAUUGAAGAAUUUCUACGUCAACUGACUGAACAACAAACGGUUUUAUCUCCGUUUCCAACUUCUGAAUGUUUGGAUCUUCUUUGUGAAAUGAUUAUGAUUUGUAAAAAUCCACAUAGUUUAUUGAGUCUUUCUGCCGAACUUUUACCUUUUCUUAUUCAAAUUGAACAAGAAUUUCAGCGAUCUAAUCAAAAAAUUAUUAUCGAUACAAUUCCAAAUUCUCUUACUUGUCAGCUUGCUUAUGUAAUUGUUGUUCGUUUGGCUGAACAUUUUUAUUACUUUCUAUACUCUCCGGAAGCUUGUUCAAUUUACAAUAGUUUAUUUAAAUUAAUCCAAAAUGAUUUGGAUUUAUUACGUCAAAAUUUCCCCAUUACUUGUUGGUCUAGAACUAUAGCAAUAUUUUUAUUACAUACAAGAAAUAAAUUAAUUGGAGUUGGAGAAGAAGAAGGAAAAAUAACAAAAAUAAAUUUACUUGGAAAAUAUGAAGAUUUGACUGCACUUUUUCCUUCGGCUGGUUCUGGUUCUUUAGCAAAAAAUUUAAAAUAUGAUCAACAAUUAAUGGUUGAGCAACUUAAUUUAUCUUCUUCAAAUAAUUUUCGAUUCUUAUCAUAUGUGGAUUUAAAAAUGCGUCUCCAAACAAUGCAAAAUGAACAUGCAAAAUAUAGUUUUGUUGUUAACGCCUUUCGCGCUGCUAAUUCUUACGGACGAGAUUAUGAACGUUUGGUUGAAUUAGCAAAUUUUUGUGGGCAUGUAUCAACUCAAUUAGGGCUUGAAACUGAAUGGUGUAGUGCUAUUCAAGAACUUUGUUGUUCAAAUGUGUCAAAUAAUAGUAAUUGGAAUGAAAUGCUUUUUGAGAUUAAUGUAAAUGACUUUUCCACUCAUUAUUCAUUAGCAACUUUUGUUCUUCUAUUAGCCUCUAAAUAUGUUUUUUCACCUCACGCUCUUAUAUGCAGGCUUAUUGCUAAUGUAUUCUAUUCUAUUAUAAGAGAAGAAGGGGGAUUUGCUAAUGAUGAUUUGGAUAAUGGAUUUUGUUUGGCUUUGUGUAUUUGUUCUGUUCUUUUUUGUGGAGAUGAUAUGCCUUUUAUUUGCAAUGAUCUUGGACAACGUGUUAUUACUUCAUCUACACUUCGAAGAGAUUGUAAUCAAGUGGCGUUAAAAAUUGCUCAUAUUACUGAAUUAAAUUUUGUUUUGUUCCCCCUACUUUCUGUUGUAAUGCAAUUAGUGGAUGAACUAAAAAGAAAAGUUGAAGCCAGCAGAAAAGAUGCGACAAAUCAUCGAAAGUUUUCUAAACAACUAGCAAUUGCCCGUUGUGCACUUUUAAGUAUUUGUGAUCAAGAUUGGGUAAUAGAGAGAAUGCAUGCUAUUUGCUCUUCUGAUAAAGAUAUGGAUAAUUUUAUUAAUUGUCCUCGACUUAAAAAUCAUUCUGUUGGUCAACAGCUUUUAAGGGUUGCUCUUAGAAGGAAAAGUGAAAGAGAUAUAAAGCAAGAAUUAAUGGAAUGUACAGACAAAACAAUUUACGAAAAAUUACUUUCUGCACUUUCUAUAUGGAAUAUGAGAGCUACUUAUUUUGAUUUUAAAUUAAUAAUUAAUGAAACUUUCCCGGAAAGUCAAAUGUCCAAAUUAGGCAAUGGAAAUCAACAAUUAGCUAAUCAUUAUCAAAUGACAAUGUUUUUGUUUAACAAUAUAGCUACUGCUAUUCAUCAACUUUUUGUUUCAAGAUUGAUUUUAAAGGAUAAUAAACAAAAUGAGGAAAAGAUGGAUAUAGACGACUUUCGCCCCUCAGGAAUUAAUUGUUUUUGGCAAAUAGCUUCUUUAGUCACUGCUAUGCCAAGCCCACCACCUCCAACAGGGAUGAGCUCACAAAAUCCCCAUUGGUGUCCAUGGAUUGGUUCAGCAAUGAAAGCAUACAUUUUAAAAGUGGUGGCAGAAAAUUUGAAAACUUUGCCUGAAAAGGAUUCAAAAAAUAAACAAUCAGAAAAUAUUGAACAAUUAAAAUAUGAACAAUUACUUGCUUAUCAACCUUUCCUUAAUUUGGUAAUGGCUUGUACAGAAGGAGAGGAUGUUAAACAAUUAGUUGAUACUCUUUUGGAUUAUUUGGAUGAUGUUGUUGCUCGAGUUAGAAAAAAUCCAAUAAUCCCACACCAAAGUUUCUUUCUCUCUGAACGUGAUGGAAUCAUUUUACGCCUAAAUUUAAUCGUUGGACUUUUUGAUACUUUAACAACAAAUAGCAAUGCAGAAUUUUGGGCGUCUGCAAUUUUCCAACUUCUUUAUUUUGAAAUAUUAACGUGUGAACGUGAUACUUUAUAUUUUAAUACUUGUAUGGAUAUGCUUUUAAUGCUUGUACAUAAAAUGUAUCCACAUAAAACAUAUAGCACUUUUGUUAGCAAAUUUAAGAAUUUUCGUAUUCCCGAUGAGCUUUACUCUUUACAACAACUUUUACCUGUACCGAAGUCUCAAGCAGAAUUAACAGCUUGGGAUAGUUUUUCCAAUUCAAUUCCACAUAAUAAACUUAUUGCACAAGGAACAGCAACAACAACUAAAGGAAGUACAAAUACAUCCCAACCUAGUCAACAACAAACACAGCCAAAUCUUCCUGUUGCAAAGCCUCAAUUCCAAGGAAUUGUGAUUGAUAAACAACAAGUUCCCAUUCAUAAAAAGAUUUUGCGAAUGCUUAAACACGAGCAUUGGAUGCAACGACAAAUUGGUCCAAAUGGAGAACAAAUUAUUUCCUUCAUUCCUCGUCCUGGAAUUGUUGGAGAAGAAAGAAUGGGUGCUGAUCCAUUUUUGGCACCCCCAGAAAUGGAACAAGUUUAUAUUUGUAAACCUCCAAAUGAGCGACAAGAGGAACAACAACAACAACAAUCUUAUCAACAAAAUAUAAUGGCAGUCCAACAACCACAACAGCCCCCGCAACAACAAAGAAUAAUUCCAACACAGCAACAGCCACCAACAACUGAACAACAAUUUAAAAUGGAAUCUGAUCAACAACAACAACAAUUACAACAGAUGCGUUUGGCAUCAUAUCAGAAUCAGCAACAACAACAAAUAAAAAUGGAACAAAGAAUGAUUGCCCAACAACAGAAUGUGCAAAUACAUCCUGGAAUGAUGCAACCAACUCCAUCUCAACAACACCAAUUCCAUCAACACCAAAAGCAACAACAACAACAAAUGUUUCAACACCAACAUAUGAUGUCAAUGACGGGUUCAAUUCCACCUGGUGCAAUAAUGGGAGAGCCUGGUCCUUCUGGCCUUCAACAAAACCCAUUCCCUCCACAACAACCUAUUUUAAAUUUACUACAACAAUCACAAGGUGUUCGUAGUUCUGGUUCAAAUACUCCAACAAACGUGACAGAUUCCCCUAGAACAGGAGGCGGAAGGGGUAGACGUAAAAUGGUUGGAACAAAUCCGUCAGGCGUCGGAAGAGGCCAAAAGAAAAAGAAAGAAAAACAACAAAUGGCCAAUCAAAUGAUGGGGGGUAUGGGAAUGGAUAUGUUUGCAGCAACUGGUGGAGCUGGUCCAUCGCCAGGAAUGGUUACACAAAGAGGAGGUAUGGGUCAACCUACACAAAUGAGUAUGUCUACACAUGCAGCAAUAAUGGCUCAACAACAACAACAAAUUCAUUGGCAACAACAAAUGCAACAAAGACAGCAACAACAAAUGCAACCACCACCACAACAAGGAAAUAUUGGCCAGCCUCAAAUGUUAGGAUUUUUGCCUAUAUUUAAAAAUCAAUAG